AUGGUGCACGUUUACGACGCCUCCCGCUGCGUGGCCGUGUUGGCGGACGAGGAGGUGAAGGGCCUCAACUCUGACUUCCUGAGGGCCCUGAAGGCGUACUUGGCGCCCCUUUUGGGCGCUUCCAGAUUCCGCCAAAGGCUGCUGGUGGACGACCGGGAGGUUCAGGAUGGCGAGUCUUGGGAGGAGUUGGGAUGCCCGUCCCAGCUACAAGUGCUGGUGCUGCCAUAUCGCAGCGAAGCGCCCAAAGACCUCAUGGAUGCAGUGAAGCAGGGCGAUGAAUCCGAGGUGACAGCUGCCUUGGAGAACUUGUUGGACCCCAACCUGGAGAUGUUGAUUUCGGACCACGACUUCCAGUGCUUCACCCCGCUCUACUGCGCGGCUUUGCAGGGGCGCCUGGACCUUAUCCAGCUACUGCUGCAUGGCCAGACUUAG